AUGCCGUACUACUAUUCGUCCGGUCAAGACUACACAUACGCGCCCGGCGACGCCCUGGUCAAGAAAGUAUACCGCAAUAUUGACCGCGCCGGCAACCACCAUCAUCACCACAACCACCAUGGCCACCACUCGUCGUCGUCUUCUCAUCGUCGCCACGGCAAGCAGACCAUCGUCAAUGACGGCACCAUGGUUAUCGACAGCGACUCGCUGCGCCAAGUCGACUCGGUCAUUUAUAACCGAUCGGGCUCGACCAUGUACCUGACUGACCAGCACUACUGGUCUUCUUCGUCGUCCUCCUCCUCAUCAUCAUCAUCAGGGGGCGCAAACAAGUCGUACUACUAUGGCUCCUCUUCGCGGCCGUCGUACUACAACAGCUCGGGCCUGCAUACCUGUCGAGGAUGCAGCUGGCAGCGGGAGCUCAUUGGGGGCUACUGCCGCGACUGCAUCGAGUUCAAGUCUGGGCCGCGGGUUGUCGAAGUCAAGGAGAAUCGUCGGGUGCUAGGUGGCCCCGAGAGACGGUUGCUCCACUACCGGUAG